AUGGGUCUCAGUUUCUUCGAUAAGCUACAAGCCAAACUCGAGCUCUACCGUCUAGAGCAGCGUUACGCUCGUCGCAAACAUCGCAGUAACUUCUCUACUGGUGCUUUGUACGUCGACGGGGAAUAUGUCUACCAGGCUCCAACCAGCCCUGUAACGAAACAUUCGACUGGUACCCAUUGGCGCCCAUCUGGAUGGGGCGGAUCCCACGAUUCUCGCGUCCGAUCAUGA